CCAAAACAGGAAAACAUAAACAUGGCUACACAAUUCUUUACUCACUCAAUCUCUAAUUCAAAUGUUUUUUCAUGGAGCAAUUCUCACAAUCCAUGGCGGUUGGUGAGUUCUUCACCAAGCAAAUUAAUCUCCAGGUAUUGCAGGUUCACGUCUCUACCUGUUUUGCCACGUGCCAUCAUUGCAACCCCUUCAUCCCAAGCCAACGAUUCUUUUCUCGUGAAUUUUGGCCAACCCACGGUAAUCUCUUCAGACGUACAUGGUAGCAAUAGAAUCGCAGAACUAAAGGAAAAGAUAAGAGCUUUAAUGACAGGUUCAAACCCAAUCAUAACAAUGGAGUUAGUUGACAAAAUUCAAAGAUUGGGGUUAGGGUGCACUUUUGAAGAAGAUAUUAAUAAAAUAAUGAAAUAUCUUGUUCAAGGUCAUCCAAAUGACGAUUUAUAUACAGUGGCACUUCGUUUUCGCCUUCUUCGCCACAAUGGUCUCCAUGUUAAUCCUGAUGUUUUUGGAUCAUUCAUGGAUGCAAAGGGUAAAUUCAAAGAGUCAUUGAGUGAAGAUAUAAAGGCAUUGCUGAGUUUAUAUGAAGCUUCAUACAUGGGUGCAGAUGGAGAAGAUAUUCUAUCAGAGGCCAGGGAAUUUACAACAAGGCACAUCAAGAAAUCAGUAUUCAAAUUAACCCCCUUACUACGUAAAAAAGUUCUUCAAAGUUUAAAGCUACCAAGACAUCUAAGAAUGGAAAGAUUAGAAGCAAGAAAGUAUAUUGAAGAAUAUGGCAAUGAACAAGAUCACAUUCCAUUUUUGCUAGAGCUUGCAAAGUUGGAAUACAAUGAAAUCCAAAUACUUCACCAAAUGGAGAUCUCUGAGAUAACAAGGUGGUGGAAGCAUUUGGGUCUAACGGGUAAACUUCCUUUUGCCCGAGAUCGGCCUCUUGAGUGUUUUCUAUGGACUGUUGGGCUCUUGCCUGAGCGAAAAUACUCCGCCAAGAGAAUCGAAGCGGCUAAAACCAUUUCCAUUUUGUUGGUAAUUGAUGAUAUAUUCGACACUUAUGGCUCGUAUUAUGAUCUUGUACUUUUCACAAAAGCAAUUCAAAGAUGGGACAUGCAAGAAAUAGAACAACUACCUGAGUACAUGAAGAUAUGCUACAUGGCAUUGUAUAAUACUACCAACGAGAUUUGUUAUGAAAUCCUUAAAGAACAUGGAUUGAAUGUUCUUCCAUUCCUGCGCAAGACGUGGAUUGAGAUGGUUGAGGCGUUUAUGGUGGAAGCUGAAUGGGUAAAAAGAGGAACUAAACCAAAUCUGAAAGACUACAUAGAGAAUGGGGUUAAAACAGCAGGGACAUACAUGGCAUUGGUGCAUCUAUUCUUUCUCAUUGGAGAAGGUGUUACUACAGAAAAUAUGAGAACUCUUACUGAUUCAUACCCUAGUUUCUUCUCGAUAUCGGGAACAAUUCUUCGUCUUUGGGAUGAUCUGGGAACUUCAAAGGAGGAACAAGAAAGAGGGGAUGUAGCAUCAAGCAUACAAUUGUUGAUGAAAGAGAAGAAUAUUACAUGUGAAGAAGAAGGAAGGAAACAAAUCUUACGGUUUAUCGACUCAUCAUGGAAAGAACUUAACAAAACACUAGUUGUACCAAACAGAUUGCCCAUUUCGAUCAUUAGAAUUGCCCUAAAUAUGGCAAGAGCUUCUCAAGUUGUUUAUCAACAUGAAGAAAGUAGUUAUUUCUCACGUGUAGAUAAUCAUGUAUUUCGUAUUGCUUAUUACGGAUGGAAGAUGAGAGUUUGUUAA